CCUCCCUCGCUCGCUCCCUCCCUCCCUCGUCAGCCCGGCAGCGGCGGCGGCGGCGGCGGCGGCGGCGGCGGCGGCGGCGGCUGUGGCAGUCGCCGGAGGAGCAUCAUGCCGAGGAGGAAGCAGCAGGCGCCCCGGCGCGCAGCAGCCUAUGUCUCAGAUGAGUUAAAGGCUGCUGCUCUGGUGGAAGAUGAUAUAGACCCGGAAGAGCGGACAGCAGAUGGGGAGCCCUCGGCCAAGUACAUGUGCCCGGAGAAGGAGCUCAGUAAGCCCUGCCCCAGCUACCAGAACUCCCCGGCUGCUGAGUUUUCCAGCCACGAAAUGGACAGCGAGUCACACAUCAGUGAGACCAGUGACCGCAUGGCUGACUUUGAAAGCAGCUCCAUCAAGAACGAGGAAGAGACCAAGGAGGUGGCGGUCCCCCUGGAAGACACGACGGUGUCAGACAGCCUGGAGCAGAUGAAGGCCGUGUACAACAACUUCCUGUCCAACUCUUACUGGUCCAACCUCAACCUCAACCUGCACCAGCCUUCCUCAGAGAAGAACAACGGCAGCAGCAGUAGCAGUAGCAGUAGCAGUAGCAGCUGCGGCAGCGGCAGCUUUGACUGGCACCAGAGUGCCAUGGCCAAGACCCUGCAGCAGGUGUCCCAGAGCCGCAUGCUGCCUGAGCCCAGCCUCUUCAGCACUGUGCAGCUCUACCGCCAGAGCAGCAAGCUCUACGGCUCCAUCUUUACCGGUGCCAGCAAGUUCCGCUGCAAGGACUGCAGUGCAGCCUAUGACACCCUGGUGGAGCUGACGGUGCACAUGAAUGAGACCGGGCACUACCGCGAUGACAACCACGAGACCGACAACAACAACCCCAAGCGCUGGUCCAAGCCCCGCAAACGCUCCCUGCUGGAGAUGGAAGGGAAGGAGGAUGCCCAGAAGGUGUUGAAGUGCAUGUACUGCGGCCACUCGUUCGAGUCCCUGCAGGACCUGAGCGUCCACAUGAUCAAAACGAAACACUACCAAAAAGUGCCUCUGAAGGAACCCGUCACUCCCGUAGCUGCCAAAAUCAUCCCGGCUACCACUGCUGCCCGGAAGAAAGCAUCCCUAGAGCUGGAGCUCCCCAGCUCCCCGGAUUCCACUGGCGGGACCCCCAAAGCUGCCAUGGUGGACACGAGUGAUGUACUUCAGAAGAACUCCAACCCUUACAUCACCCCGAAUAACCGCUACGGCCACCAGAACGGGGCCAGUUACGCCUGGCACUUUGAGGCCCGCAAGUCCCAGAUCCUCAAGUGCAUGGAGUGUGGCAGCUCUCACGACACGUUGCAGGAGCUCACAGCCCACAUGAUGGUCACUGGCCACUUCAUCAAGGUCACCAACUCGGCCAUGAAGAAGGGGAAGCCCAUCAUGGAGACGCCCGUCACGCCCACCAUCACCACCCUGCUGGAUGAGAAGGUGCAGUCCGUGCCCCUGGCCGCCACCACAUUCACAUCCCCUUCCACCACACCCGCCAGCGUCUCCCCAAAACUUAGCGUGGUGGAGGUCAAGAAAGAAGUAGACAAGGAGAAGGCAAUCACGGAGGAGAAGCCUAAGGAGAAGGAGAAGCCGAGCGAAGAGGAAGAGAAGUACGACAUCUCUUCCAAGUACCACUACUUGACGGAAAAUGACUUAGAAGAGAGCCCCAAGGGGGGCCUGGAUAUCCUGAAAUCCCUCGAAAACACAGUCACAUCCGCCAUCAACAAGGCCCAGAAUGGUACCCCCAGCUGGGGCGGCUACCCCAGCAUCCAUGCCGCCUACCAGCUCCCCAAUAUGAUGAAGCUAUCCCUGGGCUCAUCGGGGAAAAGCACCCCCCUGAAGCCCAUGUUUGGCAACAGCGAGAUGAUUUCACCCAUGAAAAACCAGACCCUGGUCUCCCCUGCCAGCAGCCAGACCUCACCCAUGCCCAAGACCAACUUCCACGCCAUGGAGGAGCUGGUGAAGAAAGUCACAGAGAAAGUCGCCAAGGUGGAGGAGAAGAUGAAGGAGCCAGAGGGCAAGCUGUCGCCCCCGAAACGGGCCACCCCAUCCCCGUGCAGCAGUGAGGUCAGCGAACCCGUCAAGAUGGAGGCAUCCAGCGACGGCGGCUUCAAAAGCCAGGAGGACAGCCCCAGCCCCCAGCGAGAGGGGAGCAAGGAGGGGAGCCCCCCCGCGGCCGAGCCACUGGAGAACGGCAAAGAGCUGGUGAAGCCCCUGAGCGGCAGCGCCGGGGGCCUGAGCAGCAGCACAGCCAUCAUCACCGACCACCCUCCCGAGCAGCCCUUUGUGAACCCCCUGAGUGCUCUCCAGUCGGUCAUGAACAUCCACCUGGGCAAGGCCGCCAAGCCCUCCCUGCCUGCCCUGGACCCCAUGAGCAUGCUUUUCAAGAUGAGCAACAGCCUGGCCGAGAAGGCCGCCGUGGCCACGCCACCGCCCCUGCAGUCCAAGAAGGCUGACCACCUCGACCGCUACUUCUACCAUGUCAACAAUGACCAGCCCAUAGACCUGACAAAAGGGAAGAGUGACAAAGGCUGCUCUCUGGGUUCAGUGCUUUUGUCACCCGCAUCCGCGUCCCCGGCAACCUCCUCCUCCACGGUGACAACGGGGAAGACAUCUGCCGUGGUAUCGUUCAUGUCAACCUCGCCACUGCGCGAGAAUGCCUUGUCAGAUAUAUCCGAUAUGCUGAAGAACUUGACAGAGAGCCACACGUCAAAGUCCUCCACUCCUUCCAGCAUCUCCGAGAAGUCUGACAUUGACGGGGCCACGCUGGAGGAGGCUGAGGAGGCGACACCCGCGCAGAAGAGGAAGGGCCGCCAGUCAAACUGGAACCCCCAGCACCUGCUGAUCCUGCAGGCCCAGUUUGCGGCCAGCCUCCGGCAGACAUCCGAGGGGAAGUACAUCAUGUCAGACCUGAGCCCCCAGGAGCGCAUGCACAUCUCCAGGUUCACCGGGCUCUCCAUGACCACUAUCAGCCACUGGCUGGCCAAUGUGAAAUACCAGCUGCGGAGGACAGGUGGAACAAAGUUCCUCAAAAACUUGGACACCGGCCACCCCGUGUUCUUUUGUAAUGACUGCGCAUCACAAAUCAGGACUCCUUCCACGUACAUCAGUCACCUAGAGUCACACCUGGGCUUCCGGCUCCGGGACUUGUCCAAACUGUCCACCGAACAGAUUAACAAUCAGAUAGCACAAACCAAGUCGCCCUCAGAGAAACUGGGGACGUCCUCUCCCGAGGAGGACCUGGGGACCUCCUACCAGUGCAAACUGUGCAAUCGGACCUUUGCGAGCAAGCAUGCCGUGAAACUCCACCUUAGCAAAACGCACGGGAAGUCGCCAGAAGACCACCUCCUGUAUGUUUCGGAGCUGGAGAAGCAGUAGCGUUUGCUUUUGAUGACAAUGACUGUACUUUGCUUUGAGGGAAAACUGUUGCAGGCACCUUAGGGCCCCUCUGUCUUGUUCUUGGCACAUGUUCUUAUGUUACCUGCAGAGCAUCACUCUGGGCUGGACCAUUUUUUUGUAUAACUGUACAGUGUUUAAUAGAGGUGCAUACUCAGCUGUUGUUACUGGUAAACUAUGAAGGUUAAAACGCAGUGGUAAGUGUUUGGAACUUUGUGUAAAUGGGAUUUAGUUGUGAGCAUCGUCCUGAUGCUUCAAGCUGCAUGCAUUAACAGACAGUUUAAUUAAGCAUUGAUAACAAAAGUCGGGCACACUUUCUCCACACACGGUUGGAGUGUGCUGACGUUUCUCACCCUUUCAUCUUUAGCCCUCUGAGUACUUUGAAGCACUUUUGCAUUAAUUUGGUUAAAAAAAAAGAAAAAGAUAAUGAUAAUAAUAAUUAAUAAUAAUAAUGUAUGAAGCUCUGUUUUUUUUUAAAAAAAAAAAAAACUCCUUACCAGCUUAGUUAUAAUACGAACCUCCAUUUAUGCAGGUCUGCAGGGGUAUAACACGCCUUGAAAUUUAAAAGAAUAUUAUUUUCACAUUGAAACAUAGAUGUAUAUAUUGUAUAGAUUUCAGACUCUCUUACGAAAAAUGUGAUUGUGGUUAAAAAUGACCUUUUUUUUUCUGCAUUUAUAGCAACAGUGUUUUAUGUACCUGCUAUGCUCUGGGCAGAAGCUGUGCCUAUGUAUAGUGUAUAUUUCUUUUUUUUUUUUUUAAGGUCUAUGGAUUUUUUUUUUUACAUGCAAACAUUGUAAAUUAUACAGAAGAUACCACAGAUAGCAUUUAUAAAGUAUACAGAAACGUUAUCUGAAAGCAAAGUAUGAUUGUUUGUUUUGCUAUACAGUACAUUUAUAUUGAUAGAAGUUCAUGUUUAAAUUAUACAUAUUUAUUAGCACCAUGUUAUCAUUUGUUUUGAGCAGUCUGAAUAAAUGAGGCCAGGAAAUACAUCCGUGGCAGACAUCAUAACUAUUUUGCACAUGAUUUUUAAAGGUAUUUAUUAGAAAUCAAAGAACAUUCAAAAAUAAACUCAGUGCUCAAAGGGUUAAGUCUAUUUGAAAAGGAAAAAAAAAGGACAAAAAAAAAAAAAGAACUUGUACUGUAUUUCCUAAACAUUGAUAAAGCCUUUAAAAUGUUUGUACUGUAAUACUUUGCUUAAAAGUCAUGAGGCAUUCUGUGAUACAACCUCUUUCACUUAUUUAUAAGCCCUCUUGGUUGCUUUUCCUUAUUGUAGGAUGCCUUUUUAUUUCCAUUGGUAACUUUCUGUUUUGUUCUUCCUAAUUAUUCUCCCAAGAUCCCACACUGCAGCUUUAUCUUUAGGCUUAUGAAAGGUAACCCGUGGUUACCGGCUCUCCAAGUGAUUCUGUUCUUCUCCAUUUUUGGCAGUUAAUUUGCAGAAGUAACUGACAGCUGACACCAUAUGAGAACCUAUGUAUAAAAUAUUGGCAUGUAAACAGCACAGACACUGUAACACACUCUGUGCCCUGUUUUGUUGUUGACAAUGAACCACCAUUAUGUGACUCUUCAUAUAACCCUUUUUUCUACGGCAGCAUUAAAAUUGUCUUUUUGCUAUAA